AUGCCGCGCCCACCCAAGAACAAGGCCUUGGUCAUGCCUGAACAACAACCCGUCCCUGUCGCAGCAGCGCCUCCUCCCAAUGUCGUCGCAGUGCAACCCGCCGCCCUCAACCUUAAGCAGGUCCCCCCAGUAAUCGAUGUCGGCCAGUUCAUUCGCGUCAGAGAUUCGGUCUACCAACGGCUCCAGACUAUCCAGGACUUGAUCCGGAGCUUUUCCCAGGACUACCUCCGCCAGACCAACCUCCUAAUCGGGGAAGGCACCAACCUUGAGAAUGGAUCAGAGUUGGAUCACCUCGUCAGCGGGCUCGGCAGCUUGAUGCCUGCCAUGGCCAUGCCGCAACCCCCUGUGGAGGAGAAGAAGGAGCGCAAGAAGCGCACCCAUGACCCCAAUGCGCCCAAGCGGCCUCUCACUCCUUACUUCCUCUACAUGCAGACAGCUCGCCCCAUCAUUGCGAGUGAUCUCGGGGACCAGGCGCCAAAGGGUGCCGUUCAAGACGAGGGCCAGCGCCGGUGGUCCGUGAUGACGCCUGGAGAGAAGCUCGGCUGGAAUCAGGCCUACCAAUACAACCUGCGCCUCUACAACGCCCGUGUGCACUCUUACAAGCACGGCAACCCGGAUGCCAAGAACAUGACGGAUGAGGAAGCGCGCGUCUACGCAGAUCAGCACGGCAUCUCGAUGCCCCCUCUCGCCCAGGCCGAGGAAGCCCCGGCCAAUGACCAGGAGGCUAUCGCCGAGCAGCUUCAGGCGACGGCUGUCCCCGAGGAGGCCUCUGAAGAGGCAUCUGAAGAGGAGCCCGCGCCUGCAGCAAAAACACCCAAGAAGAAGGACACGCGCAAGCGGAAGAGCACGGCCGCGACUCCCGCGACCGCCGAGCCAGAGCCCGCAAAGCCCGUGGCGGCUACCCCAUCCUCCCCCGAGGCCAAGAAGAGGAAGCGCACAUCCAAGGCGGCAGAGCAGGUAGAGGAGCCUAAGAAGUCUGGUCGUAAGAAGACCAAGACUGGCUAGGUCCCUCAAUAGCCCUGCUCUUUCUGUCUGGUGUCGGUUCAUUUACUAUCGGUGAUACCUCUGGCGCCUCUGCUUCUUCCCUCUUUUUCAUGAUACCCUCCCGACGAGAGAAAUACUGGUAACAAAUCAAGUCGUCGCCUGCGUGGAAUAUGGGAGGGGGGUGUGUUUUCUCUCGCAAGCUGGCUAUCAUGGGCUCGGUGUCGUUGCGGUUUGCCAUUGCGGCAACUUAGGGCUUUCUAGGUUUUGUACGGGUCAAUCGCGGAAUAAAGGUGGUCUCGGGGUUUUUCCUCUGAAAGCAAUUGCUUGGGGUGAACGGGGAGGUCGAGGAGCCGGUUAAGGCUAUAGGAGAGUAUCUCUCUGCUGUGCUUGGUCUUGUGGGCUUUAUGUACUUAUUUACUCGGAUUGUUUCGGCUUGGUGGC